AUGACCAUAGAACCUCGUAUGGAGGACUUGCACCUUACCACAGAUGCCCUGAUCAUAUCCGCUGCAGUAGGAGACUACCACAUGAGGCGAAUCCUGGUUGACACCGGGAGCUCAGAAGACAUUAUCUAUGAGCAUUGUUUCAACAGAAUGCAACCAGAAGAUAGAAAGCUGCUUGAAUUAGUACACGCCCCCAUCAAAGGGUUCACGGGGGAAAAGGUUGGCCCUAUUGGUCAGAUCACUUUCCCGGUAACUUUUGGGCAAUCACCUAGAGAAAGAACCAUACUCCUGACCUUCCCCGUGGUCCGCGCUGAGUCAUAUCACAACAUGAUUAUCGGAAGGUUCACCCUGGGAAAAUUGGAUGCUAUAGUCUCCACGGCACGAGGAUUCAUGAAGUUUCCUACACCGCGGGGUAUUGCAACUGUGUUUCGUGACAAGAUUGGAGAAGUACUAAGUACCAAAAGAUACCGCCAAGGGCCCACCGGAGCUACGGGCCCAGAAAGAUGGAUACUAAGCACACGCCAUCCGGACCAAACGGUCACAAUCGGGGACACCCUUUAUCCAGAAAUUAGAAGCGACCUGAAGCAAUUGUUAAGAAGAAAUGUUGACAUCUUCGCUUUUGAACAUUCUGACAUGACAGGAGUCCCCCGUGAUAAAGCAGAACACAAACUUGCAACGCUCCCAGGCGUUAAGCCGGUCGCACAAGGUAAACGUAGCAUGGCCCCGGACCGACGGGCAGCAGUUGUCAAAGAGGUACGAAAAUUAGUGGAAGCUGGAAUCCUCAGGGAAACACAAUACCAUACAUGGGUAUCCAACCCGGUCAUGGUAAAAAAGCCAGAUGGAACGUGGCGAAUGUGCAUUGAUUUCAAAGAUUUAAAUAAAGCGUGCCCCAAAGACGCAUACCCGCUGCCCGAGAUUGACUUAAAGGUCAAUUCCCUGGUACCCUACAGAUUUAAGUGUUUCCUGGACGCGUAUAAAGGGUACCACCAGAUCAAGAUGUCCAAAGAAGAUGAAGAAAAAACGGUGUUUAACACUGAUGUGGGCAUUUUCUGUUACACAAAAAUGCCUUUUGGUCUACGGAACGCCGGAGCUACCUAUCAGAGACUCAUGGACAAAGUGUUCGAGACACAAAUCGGACGAAAUUUGGAGGUCUAUGUCGACUACCUUGUAAUCAAAAGCAGGGAAGAAAAGCAAAUGUUAGCAGACAUCGAAGAAACUUUUCAGCGGCUUAGAGAGUAUAACAUUAAGCUAAACCCGAAGAAAUGCUCUUUCGGGGUGGAAGAAGGGAAGUUCCUAGGGGUAGUGGUCACCCGAGAUGGUUUCAAAGCCAACCCAGAAAAGGUGGCCGCCAUAGCGCGGAUGCCUUCCCCACGAACAUUGAAGGAAGCUCAAGCCCUAAAUGGACGGCUAGUAGCGAUCAACAGGUUCUUGGCAAGACACGCCGAGAAAUCCCUGCCUUUCAUAAAAACGUUGAAAGAUUGCCUCAACAAGAAAAACUUCAAAUGGACCAACGAAGCGGAAGAAGCUUUGCAAGACAUGAAACGCUUCAUAGAGGGAUUACCCAUGCUGACAGCGCCAAGGCCUAAUGAGGUGUUAAAGAUGUAUUUAGCGGCAGCUCAUACCGCACCGAGUAUUAGCGGGACCCGAAACACGGUAUCCCACGUUGGAAAAGCUGGUCUUGGCACUGGUACACGCCACACGGCGACUGAGAAGAUUUUUGCAGGCACACCGAGUACAGGUCCUAACCAAUUACCCACUGCAACAAGUCCUGCACAAGCCGGAGAUUUUGGCAGACUGGCCAAGUGGGCAAUUGAACUUGGCGCUUUGGACAUCGAAUAUCAGAAACGAACAGCAGUUAAGGGACAAGUAAUCGCUGACUUUCUAGCCGAAAUACCUGAAGGAGAAGCUAUCGUGGACCCAGUCGUCCAAGACAUCCCGGAAUCCAGCACUGCCCGGCAGACCUGGAAACUAUACACCGAUGGGUCAUCUAGUGGAAAGGGAUCUGGAGCCGGUUUAAUGUUGAUAAGCCCAGAUGAGAUCAGGCUGAUGUACGCCUUACGCUUCGAUUUCGAAUGUUCUAACAAUGAGGCGGAAUACGAGGCACUACUAGGAGGCCUGAGAAUGGCGAAAUCUAUGGGAGCGGCAAGGGUAGACGCGUAUGUUGAUUCACUGCUGGUCAACAAUCAGGUAAUCGAAACACACGAAGCCAAAGAUGAAUCGAUGGCAAAAUACUUGGCAAAAACAAAGGAACUCAUGGAUUCUUUUGAUAACGUCACGCUCAAUCACGUACAUAGAGGCAAGAACCAGAUAGCAGAUGCUCUCAGCAAACUCGCUACCUCAGGUAUGGAAAAGGAAGUCAAAGUCGAAACGCUGCAGACACCCUCACUCGAACCGGCGGAAUGUUUCCGCCGUUACAGCGGAAGAUCCUUGCUGUUUACAGAUAGAAUUUUCCAAGAAUGGUGCGCUAACCUCCACAUCCAACAAAUCUUCACACCUGUAGCACACCCUCAGGGAAAUGGCCAAGUAGAGUGGACAAACAGAAGUUUGCUGGAUGGCAUCAAGAAACGACUAGGCCACGAGGGAAGCUCCUGGGUAGAAGAGUUGCCAAACGUCCUUUGGGCACACAGAACAAUGCCCAAAACCAGCAACAAUGAAACCCCGUUUAGCCUAACCUAUGGAGCGGAAGCAAUGAUACCCGCUGAAGCGGGAUUACCGUCACUACGCCGCCUCAACAUAGGCGAUGACAAUGAUAGAUCUCUAAGGGAAGGCCUGGACUUACUGGAAGAAAGGCGUGAGGCAGCCGCCAUCAGCGAAGCAAAAUAUAAGAAGGCAUUGGAAAAAUACUAUAACCAGCGGGUGGCCAAACAGAAUUUCAAAACAGGAGAUUAUGUUAUGCGUGACAACGAAGCAAGCAGGAUGGAACCUUCGGGCAAGCUGGGCCCAAACUGGGAAGGCCCUUAUGUCAUCCAAGAGGAUCUGGGCAAAGGGGCCUAUCGCCUAUCUCAGCUAGAUGGCACACCAGUACCACGCAGUUGGAACAUCGCUCAAUUAAGGAAAUGUUACUUGUAA